AUGCUAGUGGAGGUAAAGAUAGCAACCAUGUCAAACAGGUAUAACUUGAAGUGGAACUCUCAUCAUGCAGAAACAUUUCAAAUCUUUGAAAACCUCCGUCACAGGGAGAUGUUUGUGGAUGCAACUUUAUCUUGCAAUGGGCAAUUCUUGAAAGCCCACAAACUAAUCUUGUGUGCAGGGAGUGGAUAUUUUGAACGUAUCCUCAACAAGGAUGGAGCAGGAACGCCCACCAUUCACUUUUAUGGUGUAGAAAUGCAUUUGCUGAAGCUUCUGGUGGAGUUCAUGUACUGUGGAGAAGUUGAGGUCCCAGCUUCUGAUCUGGAGAAAUUUAUUGAAAUUGCUGAGAACUUGGAGGUGAAGGGACUGAAAGGUGAUAAAUCAAAGAGUAGUGGAUCAUAUAAUGCUGCUGGGACUACCAUUCCUGUAGCUGAUGUGGAGGAUGCUUUGGCUCAUAAGAGGAAGAGUGCUGUGCAGGCCUGGAAAGGUCUAGGGGAAUCUCAGUAUCCCCCUGUGAAAGUGCCAAGAUCUCAUACUGUGAUGCCCAGAGCCAGGUCUCAGCAGUUCAUUGGACCAAAUUCUCAACAAAAUGAGGCAAUUGCUUCCCCAUCUCAAGCUCACCCAAACCAGGCAGAGCCAAGUACUAGUACAUCAACUGAUGAAGUGGUUAUCAAGGAUGAGGGUGAAGAGGAAGAGGUAGAUAGCAUUCAAGAUGUGAUGGAUUCAGCUUCUGCAGCUGAAGAGAGUCAGUUUGAUGAUCAAUCUCAAGCUUCAUAUUUUGGAGAGGGAAUGGAAGGAGAACCUGAAGCACCUAUGAAUAUCCCUCCAGAAGUUGACCCACAGGACCCUCAGGUCUCAUAUGGAAGGGUCCCUGAGGACCCUUCCAUAUCAGACUUGAGGGUCCUGGGGACCAAGAAACCUAGUGCAACCCCUGGUGCCACGGAGAUGUUUGUGGAUGCAACUUUAUCUUGCAAUGGGCAAUUCUUGAAAGCCCACAAACUAAUCUUGUGUGCAGGGAGUGGAUAUUUUGAACGUAUCCUCAACAAGGAUGGAGCAGGAACGCCCACCAUUCACUUUUAUGGUGUAGAAAUGCAUUUGCUGAAGCUUCUGGUGGAGUUCAUGUACUGUGGAGAAGUUGAGGUCCCAGCUUCUGAUCUGGAGAAAUUUAUUGAAAUUGCUGAGAACUUGGAGGUGAAGGGACUGAAAGGUGAUAAAUCAAAGAGUAGUGGAUCAUAUAAUGCUGCUGGGACUACCAUUCCUGUAGCUGAUGUGGAGGAUGCUUUGGCUCAUAAGAGGAAGAGUGCUGUGCAGGCCUGGAAAGGUCUAGGGGAAUCUCAGUAUCCCCCUGUGAAAGUGCCAAGAUCUCAUACUGUGAUGCCCAGAGCCAGGUCUCAGCAGUUCAUUGGACCAAAUUCUCAACAAAAUGAGGCAAUUGCUUCCCCAUCUCAAGCUCACCCAAACCAGGCAGAGCCAAGUACUAGUACAUCAACUGAUGAAGUGGUUAUCAAGGAUGAGGGUGAAGAGGAAGAGGUAGAUAGCAUUCAAGAUGUGAUGGAUUCAGCUUCUGCAGCUGAAGAGAGUCAGUUUGAUGAUCAAUCUCAAGCUUCAUAUUUUGGAGAGGGAAUGGAAGGAGAACCUGAAGCACCUAUGAAUAUCCCUCCAGAAGUUGACCCACAGACUGUUGGCUACUGUCAAAGUUUUGUUUGGAGUGGCCAAACAUCCUCAGGCUUGAGGCAAUGGUUCUGCAGUGCAUGUAACUACAAAACUCAUCGGAAGGACCAUGCUGUGCUACAUAGUCGUAAACACAGUAAAGAGAAACCCUAUGCCUGCACAAUGUGUCCCCGUCGCUUCUCUCAGAAAUCUGGUCUGAACUAUCAUAUUUUUGCUCAUCAUAUUAAUGCACGAAAGUAGGUGAAAUUAUCAGUACUAAAUGCUGAAUAUCCAUG